CGCGCGCGUGCGCACUGGGGCCGGCGGCGGAGGUCGGGGCGGCUUCGCGCUGGCGCUCAGGCCUUCCUCGUUGCUGUGCUAUGGCCCGCGCGGUCUCGCUCCCGGGCGUGCUGGGGUUGCUGCUUGUGUCUGCACUGCCCGGGGUCCUCGGAGAUCGCCCCGGCCCCGACCUCCAGGCACACCCAGGGGCUCCCGCGCGGGGCGGCUCUGGGGCCGCGGAACCCCGGCGGCGGCCGUCGCCCAAGGACCAGCGCGAGCGGGCCCGAGCCGAGGCGCUGCCUUUGGGGCUGUUGUACACCGCGGCCGUCGUGGCUUUUGUGCUGUACAAGUGUUUGCAGAGGAAAGAGGAGGCUGCAGUUCUGCAGGAAGAGGCGGGCAAGAAGGAAGCAUUGCAGUCAGAGCAGCAGCUGGCCCAGCUGACACAGCAGCUGGCCCAGACGGAGCAGCACCUGAAUCACCUGAUGGCCCAGCUGGACCCCCUUUUUGAGCGUGUGACUACUCUGGCGGGAGCCCAGCAGGAACUUCUCAGCACGAAGCUACAGACCUUCCACCAGCUGCUACGGGAGAACAAGCCAGACAAGGACACGGAGCUUCUAGAACCGGGCAGAACCGGGUUGGGAGAGGCCAGCACACUCUUUCCUGAGGACGUAUAUGCGGAAGACGACCAGGAAGAGGCUGACAGUCAGACCUGGGGCCACCCUACAGAGACAUGGGGCCGAGCUACUUCCCAGGAAGUGGCGCAUGGGCUAAGAAGACGCAGCAAGGCUGCGGCCAACGGCCUGGGUCGCGGCCCCAGCCGGGAAGGAGCGCCAAGGGUCUGCUAAAACAAAGUCUGUGCUUGUGACUGAAGGUUCCUGUGAGCUUUUUCCAUCCCAGCUGGUUGUACACACACCCAUACUAGGUGCCCAUGGACAGCCGGGCCUUGAAAAGCUUCCCUUAUUAGGACAGAAAGAGGCCACCUUCCAGAGUGAGAGCAGGGAAGACAGAGGGAGCUCCAGUUCUUUCCCUCGGAAUCCUGAGGCCACCCGCAAGCCAGCCUUCAAAGCACAAAAUCCCUUUUCUUUUAGCAACACUGAGACAGUAAGGCCUUGCCCCCCAAGAAAAAAACUUUAUUAAAAUAAAUUAUAGAAAUUAA